CCGCCAGCCCGCCAGCCCGCCAGCCCGCCAGCCCGCCAGCCCGCCAAGAUGGACUCGGACAACAGCUCAAUGUCGAGCAGAUCCUCCUCGCCGGAGCUGGACGUCUUCAUCAGCGCCUCGUCCGACCUCCAGGGCCUCUCGUCCACCGUCUCCUCCACCACGAGCCGCGCCGCGGUGUCCACCGCCUACACGGCCGGCGUGCCGGGCAAACCUCGAGCCACCCACGGAGACCACCAUGCUCAGGUUCGGGGAACCUCCUCCUCCUCUUCCACCACCAACACCACCAACACGACCGCCACCACGAAGACCACCGGCGGUAGUACAUCGGCGUCGUCGUCGAUGAUGAAGAUGAAGAGCUUGGGCGGAAGUGGGGGUGGAUCUCGCUCCAGGCUGUCCAAGGAGGACCUGGACAAUCUGCAGCAGCAGCAGCAGGAGCAGCUUGGCGAGCCGUGCGGCCAGGAGCUGAGGCUGAAGAUCAACAGCCGCGAGCGCAAGAGGAUGCAGGAUCUGAACGUGGCCAUGGACGGCCUCAGGGAGGUGAUGCCGUACGCGCACGGGCCCUCGGUUAGGAAGCUCUCCAAGAUCGCCACGCUGCUCCUCGCCAGGAACUACAUCCUCAUGCUCAACAGCUCCCUGGACGAGAUGAAGAGGCUUUUGAGCGAAAUUUACGGUGGCGGCGGUAGCGGCGCUGGGCCUGAGGACCACGCGGGCCAGCUGAGGCCUGAGGACCACGCGACCCAGCUGGGGUCUGAGGACCACGCGGGCCAGCUCGGGCCUGAGGACCACGCGACCCAGCUGGGGUCUGAGGACCACGCGGGCCAGCUCGGGCCUGAGGACCACGCGGGCCAGCUGAGGCCUGAGGACCACGUGGGCCAGCUGAGGUCUGAGGACCACGUGGGCCAGCUGAGAUCUGAGGACCACGUGGGCCAGCUGAGGCUGGGGCCUGAGGACCACGCGGGCCAGCUGAGGCCUGAGGACCACGCGACCCAGCUGGGGCCUGAGGACCACGCGGGCCAGCUGAGGCCUGAGGACCACGCGGGCCAGCUGAGGCCUGAGGACCACGCGGGCCAGCUGAGGUCUGAGGACCACGUGGGCCAGCUGAGGUCUGAGGACCACGCGGGCCAGCUGAGGCCUGAGGACCGCUGGGGCCCGUCCCCGCAGCUCGCAGCUUGGGAGUUUUUGUGCCCGGAGAACAUCCUCUGA